AUUGUUCGGUUGUGAUGAAAAUGCCGGUUUUUAUUUUCUUGAAAAUUAUAAUAAGCAUUUAAUCUUGGUAUACUGCAGUAACGGAGAGAAAAUUUCAGCUGGAGAAGUUAGAAAAUUCGGAAAAAUAGUUGCCAAAUAUCCGCAAGAAACUUUAGGCAUUUUUGUAACAACGUCAACUGAAAACGAAUACUCUGAGAAUGCUUCGAAACUUGUUAAUUCUUCCAAUUACAAUAUUUUAAUUACAAUAUUUUAA